AGGUUCUUUUCUCUGCCACGUUGCAGGCAUGAGGAUAAAAUGACCUCUUUAAACCAAAGGUCACACUUUGUCCCUCACAAGUGUCUGUCAACAUGGGACUAAACCUCUGUGUCCCCAAACACACCUAAACACCCGUCACCUUCCCCAAGGAGAGCUUUAGAGAACAUGACCUGAAGGACACACACACACACACACACACACACACUACCAUCUGAUUGUAUUAACUCUUGUAGUUGGUGAGGUAAAGAAGCUGCUGUUACUAUGGAAACAAAGUGCCAGUAGCAACCUGAACGGUUCAUUUCAUCUUCAGUUAAUGUUAUUAAUGUUUCACUUAUAUAUAUAUAUAUAUUUUUUUUUUUUGAAGGAAUUGUGUCCCGUUUCCCACAAACUGAGAUGUUAGAUAAAUUGUAGUGYGGUGUUGAAAAGAAUCUGGAGGACAAGUAGGAGGGGGGAAAAACAAACCCCAACAGGUAAAACCUGUUCUCCAGUCCUCGUGAUGUCAGCUGCUGCAACUACUUACAAGCAAAUCCUUUGCUUUACUUCCUUUAUAGAAAUAUGUAGUAYGUAAUUACAAAAUAAACAUUUCAGCACAGCGUAUUAAGCUUUAAUAAUUCASAUGYAGGUAAACGAGGACAAAUAUUUGCAGACAUGCAAGAACUUUUUCCGAUCAUCUUCAAUCAACUCCCAAAUUUCAGUGAUUAUUCUCACAAUCAGUCCCAUGCACACACAGAGGAGUUGUUGCACUGUGUGAUUUAUAUAUUAUUAUUAUGAUGACGACGCUUUUUAUGUUUGAACUCCAGGUGCAGAGAUGGUUUUAGUUGUCAUUUUAAAUGCUGGUAGCUCAGUUUUCUCCUUUUAGAAGCUCAAGAGGCGUCAGUGUGUGACCCACGUCCCACGCUGUCUCUCUCUGUGUGUGUGUGUGUGUGUGCGUGUGUGAUUAAACCAGUAAUAUUUUGCUAACUAUACGACAUAACCUCUGUUCCCAUGAUAACCACUUGUAUGCUCAUAAUCUGCUUGGUUAUUUUAUAGCACAUGUAAGGCUCACAGUAUACUCCUACUACACAUAUUAUGGAUAUUUUCUCAUUAAACGUAAAACCUGGACAUGCGUGGUGUCRGAGUGGUUCAUUUACGUGUUUUAACCAAAUGAAAGUUUAUUAAACUGCCUCUCAUUUAAAAACUGAAACAGAAACCGAGAGUAAACAGUGCCGCUGUUGAACACAACAGUUCAGUCUGUCGACAAAAAGCCUUUCAUCAGUGGUUUACACCCAGCUUUGAAUGUAACCUGUGGUUAGAGCAGCGAUGACACUUUCAGAAUCUCUUAUAUCCUAACAGACAGAACUUCAACAAGAUCAAAAUACUGUGUUAAUGUCAGUUAAUAAAACCAGUGGCACAUGUCUAAAAGUCCUGCCACUGACUUUCAUAGUUUAAAAACUUUCACUAUUUCAUAAUAGAAGUAGUUAGAUAAGUUGUUUCUUGUAGAUGUAUUCUCAUAAAGGCUCUAAAUUCAAUUAAAACCGGUUUUAAAACGUAUUGUUAGUUGGUUUUGGACAGCAGAUAACUGGCAGAAACCUUAAUGAAGAAUCAAUAAAGCCAGUUUUUCAACCGCUUUUUUUCCCAAGGCUCCCUAUAGAUAACGUUUGUCAAAAGGUGAAAAUAUCAACCAACAGUGACACUUUAUGAAUAAAAGGUUCAGAAAAUGCUGGGAACAUUUCUAAAAGGUUUUUGUUUGUUUUUUGGCACUGAUCACCAACACUUUAACUGAUGACUAAUCAGUUAGGUUCCUACAUUUUAGGGAACAUCAGMUGAAACACUCACACAUCGCACCGAACAGAUGAGGAAAUGAACACCGGCAGAGUCCCUCCCAGUCGGAGGCAGUUCACUUCUGCGACUCAUUCUUGUGAUUUUCACAGAAGAGCAGCAGCAGCAGCAGCGACCAGUCCCUGCUGGUCCCUCUGAAGAGCCCAACACCCAAAGUCAUGGCGACGCCGAGUUUGUGCCAAGCAGCCUUCGCGGUGUUYCGCCAGAUUGAGCCGAUCAUCGUGCUGGAGCAGCUGGGCAGCACUCUCUUCGACACCGCUCUGCAGAUGGUGGUGAGGGACAGGACCUCCAACAUCACCGACCCCGGUCACUCCAGCGAGGAGAGCCAGCAGACAGCCAUCACCAACUUCUACAUGACCUAUAACCUCAUCAUCAAGUUGACGCCCAUCAUACCCGCGCUGGUCCUGGCCAGCCUCAGCGACCGCGGCUGGAGGAAGGCGCCCAUCGUGGUGCCCCUGAGCGGGUACCUGCUGUCCAGGCUCGGCCUGCUCCUGGUGGUCAUUUUCGGUCUUCCGCUCAAGCUGAUGUUUGCAGCCGCGGUGGUUUUCGGGCUGUCCGGGGGCUUCAGCGCCUACUGGCCCGGCAUCAUGACUCUGGCGUCGCUCGGCUCCGCUGCGGCUGAUCGCUCCAAGGUGAUGAUGAGAGUGGAGCUGGUGUACGGGUUGACCGGAGUGGUGGGCAGCUUGGUGUCGGGUCAUCUGUUCCUGCUUUACAGCUCCAGUCUGGGAAACGGAACCGUCCUGCUCUCUGUGAGCUCGCUCCUCAACCUGCUCUGCCUCAUAUUCGCUGUAGUCCUGCUGAAGGUGAAACGAGGGACCAGCGAGGACUCAGAGGAAAGCUACCACCUCCUCUCCCACGCCGCCCGCUACACUCGUCUCGUCGGGUGUUGUGCUGGGAUAAACGUGGUGAACGUGGCUCUCCUGUUUGCGGCGGCCUUUCUCUACGACUUUGCUGUGGGCGGAGCCGUAGAGGUCCUGGGCUCCUUCGUGCUGAAAUCGCCGCUCAGCUGGACUGCCGCACAAGUGGGAUACGGAAAUGCGGCGGGCUGCGGGAUUUUCGUCACCAGCUUCCUUGGCGUCAUCGCGUUCCGAAAAUGCGUCGGUGACGAAACGAUGAUCCUGAUCGGCAUGCUGUCGUUCGCUGUGGGGAUCUACGUCAUGUCCUUCGUCACUACGACCUCCCUUUUCUACGUCGCCCGUUUAUUAAACCUCUUUGCGCUCAUCCCGAUGCCGACAAUCAGGGCCCUGGUUUCUCAGCAGGUUCCUGCGUCGCGAUGUGGCAUCGCUCUGACCUGUCUGGAGAUGACUCUAAAGGUGGCCGGCAUUGUUUACAUUCCUGCUUUCACAAAGAUCUAUCAGAACAGUCUGACCUGGUUCCCGGGGCUCGUCUUUCUGAUUUCCAGCGUCAUCACAGUCAUUUCCAUGAUACCCAUCAGUAUCAUCGGUUGCAGGUCGGCUCAGAGGCAAGAGUACGUGAGGAUUCAGGGAGACUGAAGAAGCACCACCGACAUGAGCAGUGAGCUCUUUUCAUUACAAGCAAACUGGGAAAUGAGACUUAAGUGUUUAGAACAUAAACACGCCACUUCCUCAAAGCUGCCAACGUAGCAAUUUUGAAAAUAUUUGCCUACCAUAAUUUUCCAUUGUGGUGUGAUGGAUGGUACUUUAUCUGACAAAUAUACAAAACCCACUGGACAAAAACAAACACACACAAAAAAAAUGUUUUAGAAAUCAUGUCAAAGGUUACAGGACAGCCUCAUCGUCCAGAUUGAUUUAUCAGAGGUUUAUGUUUAUGGCUUCUGUUAGAAAAGGAGAAGUCAUUUUGAAAAUGACGCACGCUGUGUGCUUUCAACACUUUGGAGAUUUAUGGGGUGAAUCUGAACUGAGAACGUUGCGUAAGUCGGGGUAAUGUUUGGCUCUCUCGGGUCCGUAUGUUACAUGUUGCACACUGGAGAUUUAUUCACUUUAAGCAUAUUUUGUUUCCAGCUUGGUACCAGUUCAGAAAUGCUAUUGAGAGACUGGUUGAUCCAGUCACCUAAAAUUUAAAAAAGGUCCACUUUUUCCUUGUUUUUUUAUUAUUUUAAACUCAAAACGUCCUUGGCUUCCCUGUUGGGUUCAGGUCAAAGCUCGGCUGGGUCACUGCUUACAGUCACUGGUGACUGAAUGUUUCUACGUUUUCAUCAUAUAAAGCACUUUGAAAUGCAUUGUUGCUGAAAUGUGCCACAACAUAAACUAUGUUUGAUUAGUAUUAUUUCAUCAGAAGAAAUGUUCUGGGAAAACGAAUGCAUUAUUUUAAGCCCUCCUAACUGGGGAAAUUAAUUUGUGACUAUUGUUUUUAUUUACGGUAUUUGAGUACUUUUUUUUUUUUUUACUUCAUUUUGACUUCAUAUUUGUUCAGUAAAUAAUGACAUGAUGGAAUCAGUGGCGUCUGGUUUUGUACACUUAAGAUAUAAAUUAUUGUGGGACUCGCGAUUGUAUAUUUGGUCACAUUAACAUGUUUUACCGUUUCAGCUGUUUACCAAAAAUUCUUCUGUCUAGGAGACUAAUUCCUAUUAAGCAUUGUAAAUAUUCUUUUAUAUGUCAUUUUUUACAUGAUUCUUAUUUUUCACUGUCACUUUUUAUACUUGAUCACUGAAGUCUGCAUUUGCACUCAAACCAUGAAAAAGCCAUUAUUUAGUCUCUGUCAAAGUAAAACUACACAAUUUAAAAUAUUUUUUUUAUAAUUACAUUAGACUUAUUGCUGUCAUCUCUGUCUUGAAAUGUUCUUAUUGUAGUGUUGAUGCACUACGAGGUGUUUUUACUGUUCAUGCAUCCAUUUAAAUGAAAAUAAAGUUUUGAAGACUUACAACUAAA